AUGGCUUCUAACUAUUCCUUCUCUUCUUCAAAUCCUUCUCCAAAAUCUAGCAUGUUUUACUAUGCUGGAACUGAAGAUUUCUAUGAUCAACCUCACUUCCUCCAAGCUUGUUUUCUUUGUAGAAAACAUCUUGGCCAAAACAAAGACAUCUUUAUGUACAGAGGGAACACACCAUUUUGUAGCAAAGAGUGCAGAGAAGAACAAAUAGAGAUUGAUGAAUUUAAAGAGAAAAGUUGGAAGACUUCAUCCAAAAGAAGUGUUAGAAAUUCAGAAACUAAUCAAAAUUCUACAAACAACACGACUGUAAGAUCAGAGUCAGUUGCAGUGGCCUAG